UUCUUUUAUCAAUCAAAAAGAUCUUUAUAAUCAUUCUUUUUUCUUUUGUGAUUGUUUGUGUGUGUGUAUGACUAUUUUAUGAAUAGAAUUUUUUUUCGAACAAAUCAGUGAAUGUGUAAAUUAAAAAAAUUAAUUAAAACGAAUGUUUUUUAGUAUAAAAAUAAUUUUAUCAGCAUGUGGAAGUGCCACAAAUGUGGAAAACCCGUUUACUUUGCGGAACGUAAACAAUCAUUGGGAUACGAUUGGCAUCCCGAGUGUUUACGAUGUGAGGAGUGUGGAAAACGAUUAAAUCCAGGACAGCAUGCAGAGCAUAAAGGUGUUCCGUAUUGUCAUGUCCCUUGUUAUGGAGCGCUUUUUGGUCCUCAAUUAUUUGGUCAUGGUACACGAGUUGAAUCUCAUACUAGUUUUGGAAAAAAAGAACUUCGCUCGACAUUGCCAAGAUCGCAUUUGGAAUCGAAACUAAAAGUUUUUAAUCAAUAUUAUGAAGGAAAAAGUGGAGGAAUCCGAAGCCGAGAGGUGAAUGGACGAUUAAUUUUGGAAGGAGCAUUAAGAAUUUAUUGGGGUGUACGAGGUGUUAUUCACUUAAAGGAAGAUGACGAUCAACGAACGGUUGUCACUGCUAGACAUAGAAAUUCCUGUAGACGAAGUGUUGCUGAUGAAGUUGAUAAAGGUGAAAUAAUAGACACAACAAAGAAUUUGUCAACAGUUGAAAAUAAUUUGGAAAGUGAAUCAGAAUCAGUUCCACCAUCUCCUGAUCAUUUAAAAAGUUUAACUCUACCCAUGAAAUUGGAAGUUAAAACUUCAGAAUGGGACGAACUCGAUGAACUUCUUCAGGUGGAACGAAAAGUGGAGGAGGGUAAUAAACUUUAUCAAACAAUGCCUGAAAGUUUACCAUCAAUAAGUUCACAUUCCAGUAAUGAAAUAACAUCGCCGCAAAUUGCUCGUUCAAAUAAUGAAACACACGUGAAAAAUGGUUCGAUAACAAAUAGUCCAAAUCAUAAAUUGGAUAAAGGAAGUGAAAGUAGUAUUAGCAGUACACCAACUCAUAGUGUUGGUGAUAGUUCUUCCAGUACUGAUACGCCAAUUUAUCAUGGAACACCAAAUAAAAAUGGCACACUACGUCAAGUCGAAUAUUUUGAUAGUUUAGACAAAAGUAUAGCUAGUAAUAGAUCGAUUGACAGUGAUGAAAGUUGGAUAGAAAAGGGAUUAAAUCGAUCAAUGUCAGGUCCCGAUUGUUUACAGAGGCAUCGAAACGACAGCGAUACCGAUUCGGUGAAUUCACUUCAAUUUCGUGACGAUGAUAAUAUGACCAUGUCAACUGACAGUGGAUUAGAGUUGGACGGCGUUGUUUUGCGUCGAAAACAAGGAUCGACAGCAAUAAGACGUCGACCCGGAGGAAGACGUCAAUCGCGUAAUCGAUUGCGACGACGUUGUUCGAUUAAUGGACAUUUUUAUAAUCGUGAAACAAGUUUUUUUACACCACCACAUGGAUCACAAAUGUCCGUUUGGGUCACUAGUCUCGUAAGCUCUCAGGAAGUUAUUAAUUUGAUGCUUGACAAAUACAAGGUCGAUGCUAAACCUGAUAAUUUUGCUCUCUUUGUCAUUCGUGAUAAUGGAGAACAACGAAGACUGCGUGACGAAGAAUAUCCAUUGGAAGUAAGAGUUGUUUUGGGACCUCAUGAAAAUAUUGCCCGCCUUUUUCUUGUCGAUAAACUCUCAACACCUGAAAUAAGUUCCGAUGUUGCACAAUUUUUGAAUUUAUCUCUCGCCGAGUGUCAAGGAAUUUUACAACGUUAUCAUCAUGAGGAAGAAAGACAUAUUUUGCUUCUUAAAGAAAAAUACAAAGAAAUGCGUCGACGAAUAAAACAAAGAAUGGAAGAUCUUAAAGUUCGAUUAUAAGACAAAAAAAAAAAAAAAACAAA